GCUCGCAUUUGAGCUGCUGCAGGCACCCAAAAACAUACUAUCAUACCGAAGAACACAGGCAGAAAGAGCGAAAGGCAGAGGAGGAUGGGUUGUCACAACAGCAAAGUUUGUGGCCAGGUCUCAAAGAAAAAGAAGAAAAAUAAAGCACAAGAAGGUGAGAAACACACAAAGGACAUCAAACUGCAAGAUGGAAGUGGUACACACUCGUCUGAGGAGCAGCACUGUUGUUUGGAGAAUCAGCUGGAGAAUUAUGAGUGGCAGCUAAAGAUCCUACAUGCGGUUUUGACGGCUUCAGGAGACCAAGAGAGAGAGCAACUCCUUAAGGACCAUCCUGGGGACAUCUGCACUUUAGUCCAUAGCAUUACAGAGAAGGUGAAGACUGAGAUCACCGCAGAUCUGAACGAUCUUCAUGAAAAACAAAUGAGGAGCGUCUCAGAACAUCAUCAGAGCGAGACUGAAGAGCUACAGCGAUUGCACAACAAGGAGAAGAAUGUUUUAAAUGAGUCUCACGUCGCAGCCGAGGAAGCUCUGAAGGAUCAGAUUGAAGGCUUGAUGUCAGAGCUGAAGCUGUUCGACGAGUUAAAGCGCCGAGCAGAGGCAUCCAUGCUCAAGAGAGACCUUCAGAGGAAUAUUGAGACUCAUGGCAGCCCUGGUGAAUUCUGGGAGCAAGAGCAGGAGAGCCUGUUAUUUGUGAUUGAAAUGAAACGUCAGAAUUUGCAAGACCAGGGGAACAAGCUUCUGCAGAUGGAAACACUGAUGGAGAAGAAUCUGUCGUUGGAGGAUCAGCUCCUGCAGGCUCUCCAGCAGAACGAGGACUUCAGAGUCCGAAUAGACAACUACCAAAGCCUCAUACAACAACUGUCCAAAGAGCAGAAUGACCUGCAGGAAGUGCUGGAGAAACAGUCCCUGCAGAAUCAGAAGCUCAUCCAGGAGAAAGAGGAGCUGUUGUUUAAACUGCUGCACCGCAGAGACUCCUGCUCCGCAUUCCACCUGCCCUCAGUCAUUCCCACACAAGUGUCUCCCAGCUGACUGAAGCCUUAACCCACUGUAUCACUGUAUCCUGACCCGUGCCUUCUGUUUUAAAUGCCAGUUGUUGUGGAGUGCUGUGAACAUGCAGUGAAGCUGAAAAGGACUUGCAUUUAUACUCACUGCAUUUAAAGUUUUAACUGGCAAAACUGUAUUUUUGUACAUAAUUAUAUUUUAAUUGUAUUUUAUUUUGAGAUGUUGCAUAUGAGGUUUUUUAUUAUUAUUAUUGAGUUUUGAAUUAGCUGUGGAUCUAUUCAUUAGUUAUUAGUGUGAAAGGGGCAGUUCACCCAGAAAUGAACAUUUGAUGCUAAUUUAAUCACUGUCAGGCCAGAUCUAGAUGACUUUAGAUCAUUAAAGAAGGUUUUUAGCUAAAACUUUGGUUUUUGGGAUUCGUGAAAUGCACAUCAGUGGCAAAACACGAUUAAUAUCUUAAUAUCUGCACUUAACGAUACAUUGAAGUGUUAUGAAACAAAGCGAUCAUCAUAAUUUACAACAGUUAGUUUAUCAUAAUCUUAUUUAUAAUUGAGCACUCGUAUAUUGAGCACUCGUCCGCUGUGGAUUAAAGGUAAAUAUGGUUAGCUUCGUAAGAUAUUAAUGUAUCUUUGAGAGUUAUUUUAUUUAAUGUAUGUAUUUAUUUAUUUUAUUUUAACUCAAAAAUCGCCAGAGACCACAGUUUGAGCUAAAAACCUUCUGUAAUCUUUUUCAAGUGAAGAAAAUAUGUCAUUGACAUCUUAAAUGUACCAUGGGUGUGUAAGUUUACCCAUUUCACUUUUGGGUAACUGCAUUUUAAACAGAUAGUUUAACUAAAAAUGUACGUUUCCUCACCAUUUACUCACGUUAAAGUGACUCUAGACUUUUAUCAGUUUCCUGUUUUUUUGUAAAACACAAAUAUAUUUUGAAGAAUGUUGGAAACUGGUAACCUUUAGUACAGGCAUGGGCAAACUCGAUCCUCUAGGGCCGGUGUCACUGCAGAGUUUUGCUCCAACACUAAUCAAACACACCUGAACACCCUAAUUAGUGUCUUCAAGAUCAUUAGAAAGCUACAAGCAGGUGUGUUUUAUUAGGGUUGGUGCAAAACUAUGCAGGGACACCGGCCCUCGAGGAUCGAGUUUGCCCAUCCCUGCUUUAGUAGGAACACAAAUUCUGAAAGUUUUUUUUUCCAGCAGUCCUCAGUAUCGGUCUUUUGUGCAACUGAAUUAGUUUGUUGAAUUUAUUUAAAUUUAUAAAAAGUUACAAGCUAACUUAGUUCAUUCAUGUUGUCCCAACACAAAUUAAUUGUGGUGAACCCCUUUUUUCAGUGUAAAUAAAUAAUGAGAGAAUUCAUUUUUGGGUGAACUAUCUAUAUAGGUUUUUUGUUGUCGUAUACUACAUAGUAGCAGUUUUUGCCAAAUUUUAAUAUCCGUUUUUUCAGUUUUUAUUCUACCCAUUAUUUUUAUUUCUUUCUAGGAAACAGUAGAAAAGUAGGUGGUAUUAAAACGGUUGUCUUCUUGCAUCCAAACAUUGGAGCCAGAGCACUUGUACAUGUAGCAUGAUUUAUUUUUUUAGAUGCACUUGCACUUUUAUAUCAGUGUUUUUAUUCUGUAUAGUGAUGAUGGGUGUUUGGUGAUUACCAGUUAUGUUUUGUUUUUUUUACACUAUGCACAUCUUGCCAUAGUAUUUCCAUUUCAAAUUCUUCUGCUUUUCAGUUGUUGGUAAAGUAGGGGUAAAAUCCAAUUGUUGUUGGCCCACAAAGCCAGUGUGCAUUUAUUUCAAGAAAAUCUUUAGUUACUAAUCCAAUUUUAAAAUAAUACUCUGAAAGUUCUGAACAGUUUCCACUGUGAGCUCCUUACAUUUUUUAUAGUUCUUUUGAUGGCUUUCUAGUUGCAGUGAUUGAUUUGCUAUUUUAAUAGCAUAACUGGUAAAUCGGUGGCCUUUCUAUCCAUAUUUUUCAUAAUUUUCUUUCUUUACUGUUGUGAAUUAUUUUAAAUGUUCUGCCAUUUAUAUAUGUUUACCUCUGAAUCAGUGCCUUUGGUGGAAGAUGUUUCCUAGAAGAAAAUCAAGCAAUAAAAGCUGAAUAAGA